GAACCGCCGUGCAUCUGGAAAAUCGCAAAACUCUCGAUAAUCUCAACCAAAAUCCAAAACCCAGUUCGGGAAACCAAAUUUGAAGUGUCCAAAUGUUGAAAACUAUCACUCUUUUGCGUUCAUCACUGAGCUUGCGAGCAGCUUAUUCACUGCAUAUCUCACCGGAAAACGCCUAUGUUUCUUCAAAGGGUAAAUCUUUUUACCAUUCUGAAUCGACCCUUUUAAGCUCUUCUACUUUUUUGAACAAAAAUCAUGAUGAAUUUUCAGCUGAUGUAGAGAAAGUUUAUAGAAUUUUAAGAAAAUUUCACUCUAGGGUUCCUAAACUUGAGCUUGCUUUGUUAGAAUCUGGUGUUGUAGCUCGAUCAGGGUUAACUGAACGUGUGUUGAAUCGUUGUGGUGAUGCUGGGAAUUUAGGGUAUAGAUUUUUUGUAUGGGUGUCAAAGCAACCUGGUUAUAGGCAUAGUCAUGAUGCUUAUAAAGCAAUGAUAAAGAUUUUAGGGAAAAUGAGACAGUUUGGUACUGUAUGGGCACUUGUUGAAGAGAUGAGGAUAGAAAAUCCUCAGUUUUUGACACCAGAAGUGUUUAUUGUGUUGAUGAGGAGAUUCGCGUCGGGGAGGAUGGUAAAGAAAGCAAUUGAAGUGUUGGAUGAAAUGCCUAAAUAUGGUGUUGAGCCAGAUGAGUAUGUUUUUGGGUGUUUGCUGGAUGCUUUGUGUAAAAAUGGUAGUGUGAAAGAGGCAGCUGCAUUGUUUGAUGAAAUGAGGUUUAGGUUUAGCCCUACGAUUAAGCAUUUUACGUCGUUGUUAUAUGGUUGGUGUAAAGAAGGGAAGCUUAUAGAGGCGAAAGUUGUGUUGGUGAAAAUGAGGGAGGCGGGUUUUGAGCCUGACAUUGUGGUUUAUAACAAUUUGCUUAAUGGUUAUGCGGUGUCUAGGAAAAUGGCUGAUGCAUUUGAUCUGUUGCAGGAGAUGAGAAGAAAAGGUUGCAAUCCUAAUGAAACUUCGUUUACGAUAGUAAUUCAGGCACUUUGUUUGCAGGACAAGAUGGAGGAAGCUAUGCGGGUAUUCUUGGAUAUGGAGAGAAGUGGAUGUGAAGCUGAUGUCGUAGCAUAUACUACUUUGAUAAGUGGAUUUUGUAAGUGGGGAAAGAUUGAAAAGGGUUAUGAACUUCUGGAUAAUAUGCUGCAGAAAGGGUAUAACCCGAAUCAGACUACUUAUUUGCAUAUAAUGUUGGCUCAUGAGAAGAAGGAAGAGUUGGAAGAGUGUUUGGAACUUGUGAAGGAAAUGGAAAAGAUCGGUAUACCUCCUGACCAUAGCAUCUAUAAUAUAGUAAUCCGCUUAGCGUGUAAAUUGGGGGAAAUCGAUGAAGGUGUGCGAGUAUGGAACCAAAUAGAAGCAAAUGGGAUCAGUCCAGGGGUUGACACCUUUAUCAUUAUGAUUAAUGGUUUUGUUGAACAAGGGCGUCUAAUAGAAGCGUGUGAUCACUUUAAAGAAAUGAUUGGAAGAGGUCUUCUGUCUGCUCCUCAAUAUGGUACUCUGAAGGACCUACUGAAUUCGCUUUUACGAGCAGAAAAACUUGAACUGUGUAAAGAUGUCUGGAGUUGCAUAAUGACCAAAGGAUGUGAGCUUAAUGUGUCUGCGUGGACCAUUUGGAUUCACGCAUUGUUUUCAAAUGGACAUGUGAAAGAGGCUUGUGCAUACUGUUUAGAUAUGAUGGAUGCUGGCUUGAUGCCUCAGCCCGACACAUUCGCCAAGCUUAUGAAAGGUCUAAGGAAGCUUUAUAAUAGAGAGAUUGCUGCAGAGAUUACAGAAAAAGCGAGGAAAAUGGCUGAAGAGAGAAAUAUGACUUUCAAGAUGUACAAGAGACGUGGUGAAAGAGACUUGAAAGAAAAAGCUAAGACACAACUGGAUGGGAGAAAAAGAAGAGCUCGUCGACGCCGUUGGGGUAGCCAUCAUAGUCAGGACAAGACAUUGUGAUAUGAGAUAUCAGUGAGGAGGAUGCUACUACAUUGAUGCUGUUUGACUGCAUAUUAUGCGAAGGGUACAAACCUCGGUAACUAGCUUAAUUUACUAAGUUGGUUCAACAAACGUUCAACUUAUUUACUUUAGUGUGCUUUAGUAGAAAACUGCUCUGGUGAUACUUGCUGAGCUGAGC